AUGGGAGCAGAAGAUCAAAAUCAGUUAGAGACUUCGAUUGCAUUAUUGGAUGUGGGUUCAGCUUUGGAAAGAUCGAUGGGACAAAGUCUUCUGAUACGUGAAGAUUUGGACACAGUCACAGGUCGUGUCGAAAAUCGGAUCGAUGACAUUGAGAACAAUUUACCGGACCGUUCGGAACUAGCACUAGACACCGACAAAGUGAAAGAGGCAAUACAGCGUGCGUGCGAGGAACAGCAGGAGACACUAAACAGUGUCUGCCAACAGGUCAACUGCCAGCAGGCUACGUUACAAGCCCGGGCAGGAGACAUGGAAAAGAUCGCGAAUCUGCUGAUAGCCGGCACGGAGACGACGGCUGUGACUGUCAGCUAUGUUCUGCCACUGCUGGCCCUCCACCCUGAGUGGCAGGAUGCAGCCCACCAGGAGCUGAAGGACGUCUUCGGCGAGGGUGACGACUACCUGCGGGCCCCCAGCCUUGCAGACCUAGGCAGACUCAGGGUGCCGGAAAGCAUCAUCAAGGAGACACUGCGAUUGUUCCCAACCGUCCCGGUGCUUCCUCGGGUGGCCACAGAAGACAUCUGGCUGUCUGGAGGCUCUGCAGAGCGGGUGUCAGUUCCUAAGGGUACCCUGCUUUUUGUGCUACCCUUCCUCACACACCGCCUGCCGCAGUUCUUGCAGGACCCACAGCGGUUUGACCCUUCGCGCUUCUUGGAGGACCGUGUCGGCAAGGAACAUGCAUGCAGCUACCUGCCAUUUGGGUUGGGCGCGCGCAACUGCGUGGGCUCUCAGUACGCCCGCCUGCAGCUCAAAGUCUACCUUGCAGACAUACUGAGGCGCUUCCGUUUCCUGCCAUGUAACCGACGCGAGGACCUGGAGGACAGUGCGCUCUCCUUCAGCCUAAGCCCCAUCAAGCCAGUCAGAGUGUCGUGCGUACUCGUGGAUGGCCCUAAGGCAUAG